AAAAUGGCAUCCGUAUCUCUGAAAGGCACCCGCAAGACGUACAGCUUCGAGGAGCGAAAGAUCUUGAUAUCGCUGAUAAACAAGCACGCGGUGGUUCAGAGUAGGAAAUCGGAUCCGAUUUCUAUAUGCAAACGGAAAUCGGCUUGGUCACGAAUCACCGAGGAGUACAACUCAAUGGUAGGAUCUCGGGGUACUCGUUCCUCUGUACAACUCAGACGUUGCUGGGAGAAUAUGAAGGCCUGCAAACGUAAUCGCGAGGAAAAGAAAUUCCGUGACGGUACGAAAGAGAUUUGUCAGUCGACAAAAGACGAUAGGUGGGCGAGAAAUCAAUGCUGGGAAGGUAUAACUUGUGGCCAGAAUAUGUCGGAAACGCCGAUGUCUACCGGAACCGUUGGUCUGCCACCGAAUAUAGUAUUCGAGCCGAAGGAUUCAGAACCGUUUACGUUGCAAAGUGUCUGUACUGCCGGAUCUCAAAAUCCAAACUGCCUGAAGAAAGACGUGGAUAGUCGCGAAGAUUCAAAUUCUGAUAAACAUGACGGUAUUGUGCCAGCCCCCGAUUCGAUAAAUGACUAUUAUGAAAGAUUCGUUAUAAAAAGAAACACGCACACACACACGGAUACCCCUACGAUUAAUCAAUCGACGGACAACAAUCUUAAGAAUAUCGCACGCCGAGAAAUUCACACAAAUCCGGGACCGAGUGACUUGUACACUUCAAUCUCGCCUCGCGUUGUGCAGGAGCAUAAUCGCCAAAGGAAAUCCAUGCAACGAGAAGAAGAACUGCACGUGCUAGCGCUUUCUGAAGCGCAGAUGAAGGUCGAUAUCGCUGCCAUGUUAAAGGAGGAGGCAAGGAUCAAGCUGGAGGAGGCUCAUUAUCGCAAGGAGGAGGCCAGGCUCAAAAUGCUGUUCUUUACUUACAAGUUGGACAGGAUUAAAGAUGAAUGAAGAAAAGUGGAUAAUUUGGAUGUACGCGUAGGACGCAUUGCUGUAAGUUUAUUAUU